AUGGUUGUCACUCGAGAGAGAGGAGCUGGAUGGAGGUGGGACGCAUGUCAAGGAGUUUCAUCCUCAAGUUUACGCAGCAAAAGGAGGCUCUUCAUCGUAUCUAGUACACUCUCAAUAUGUGGCAACCCAUCUCUUAGUAGAUCAUCCUCUUCCCAAUGACAACUUCUUCGUCAAUCAAUCGAAGAUGAUUUACUCAAUGGAUUCAUUAUCUUUUUAUCGUGAAUCAUUUAACAAUUUUAGUAUGGAUACUUCACAAAUUGUAUUGACAAGAUUUUUUUCAAUGAUCAAGUGAUUCUAGUGGCUUAAUCCUUCACGAGUAAUCUACAAGAAAAUCAUGAUUUAAUCAAAUAAAAAUAUGAGUUUUGGUUCUAAUAGAAUUCAAACCCGCACUAGUCAUCGGCCUACACGAGAGGGAGAAAAUAAGUUCUCGAAUACCCUUAUAUAGUGAUGUCAUCAUGAUAUCUUGUUGUUAUAAAUAAAAUAUAUUUUUGGUAUUAAAAUCAUAAAAUCAUUAUGGGGAAGGUGUGACCACCAGUUUAGUCCCACAUUAGUUAUAUCCCAAAUGUUGAGAUGCAUAUAUGGUAACACGAGAUUUGAGAAUCAAUGAGUCCCUUUCUCACGAGUGUAUGACCACUCUUUGUCCCAUGCCCAACUGGCCACUAGUCACAUGGAAGGGGAGUGAUGCACACGUGCCCCCAUCAAUCCAUAGCUUCUUGAGCAAUUGCUCAUGACUCCACCCCGACUGUGCUUCUAACCCACUUUUGGGCCCAACUGGUGAGUAGGUCCCCCCCUUUUUCUAUAUUCUUAUUUUAUUUUAUUUUUAUUUAUUUAUCUCAAAAAUAAGAAUAUAAAAGCCAUGUAAAUUUACAUAAAAUCACUUAAUUAGCCAAAAAAUCACAUUAAUCAACUAAAAAUUACUUUCACAAUUUAAGAUAAAUAUAAAUCUAUUUAUCAUGGGUUAAGGCUAAAAAUUUAUUAUUUAUUAAUUAUUAACUCAUGAUAAUAAAAACUUGUCAAAGGAAUGAGUUGACUACUUGCUGGAGGCCUUGAGUGUAGUCGGGGGAGGAAACAAUGAACUUGUCAAUCAUGAGAGAAGUCGAUCGCACAAAAUAAGAGAAGAACGGAUUGUUGUAUUUGCGAUUGCCAUCGAGGUUUUAAAGAUAAUUAAUAAUGUUUAUUUUACUAAAUAAUAAUCAAUUAUUAUCUUUAUAUCCCUAAUGAUGAUAUGUCAAGAACUUAAGUUCUCAGUAUUGUGGCACUUCAGGAGAUGCUAGAUCAAAUGUGCUUGGUCACAUGACAUGUCACAAACUAGUGUUGAUUGGGAACUUAAGUCCUUAGUACUGUGGUACUAAUGUGACUUAAUCAUUGUGUAGUAAAUCACGUAAAUUUAAAAUUUAUAAAAGUAGAAAAUAUUAAUUUUUAGAUAUUUAGAAGUAUUUCUAAACAAAUAUAUCAAUUAUAAUUUAAUCAAAAUUCCACAAAUACUAGUAAUUUUCUAGGUUGAUCACAAGGAUUUAAUUUAAUAUUGAGUAAUUAUUUAGAAAUUUUCUCAAAGCAUAAUAUUUUCUAUAAAUUGUAUACUAGGAAAUGAAAAUAAAAUAUAUUUAAAAUUCACGAAAAAAGGAAAUAAGGGUGUGGACGUUAGAAUGAUGUCAGCAUCCGACAAACACAAAUCAGGUAGAAAUAGAGUUCUACCUUGUGAUUCUUAUGUAAGUAAUUACAAAUGAUUUAAUUAAUCAAAUUAAGAUCUGUAAAAGCUAGAAGAAUUGUAAUUGAACAAAGUAUGUUUUGGUAAAUUAAGAUCACACAAAUUAUCACUAAAUGAAGCAUAAAGGCAGUUGAAAGUAGGAAAAUAGAGUUCUUGCGUUGCGACGGCAAUGCGUCGAUGAUGCACUAGAAUCCUAAGCAUUUGGGAGGAUUGUCAUAUAGUGUCCAUGGCCUCGAAGGCUCUCCUUGGACAAAGACGAUGUGAGAAAUCUCUAGAUCUCCUUGUGAAGUCUAGAGAUUAAUGAAAUGGGUCAUCGAAUCGUCUCUGGUGGCUGUCACCCGAUGAAGCAGAAAAACAACAACUUUGUGGCUCUUCGACGACUGUCACCCGAUGGAAAGGAGCUGGAUGGAGGUGAGGCACGUGUUAGGGAGCUUCAUCCUCAGGUUCAUGCAGCAAGAAAAGGCUCUUCAUCGCAUCUAGUACGCUCUUAGGAGGUGGCGACUUGUCUCCUAGUGGAUCGUCCUCUUCCUGAUGACGGCUUGUUUGUCAAUCAAUCAAAGAUAAUUUACUCCAUGGAUUUACGAUUUUUUUAACGUGAAUCAUUCAACAAUUUUAGUAGCAAUGCUUUGUGACGUGACUCAACUAUUGUAUAUUAAAUCACGUAAAUAUAAAAUUUAUAAAACUAGAAAAUACGAAUUUUUAGAUAUUUAGAAAUAUUUCUAAAUAAAUAUAUCAAUUAUAAUUCAAUACAACUUCCAAAAAUAGUGAUAAUUUCCUAGGUCGAUCAUAGGGAUGUAAUAUAACAUCUAGUAAUUAUUCAGAAUUUUUCUCAAUAAAUACGAUUUUUUAUGAAUUUCACACUAGGAAAUAAAAAGGAAAUAUAUUUAAAAUUCACAAAAAAAAGGAAAAUAAGGGUGCGGACGUCAGGAUGACGUCAAUGCUCGACGGAUGCAAAUUGGGUUGAAAUAGAGUUCCACCUGAUAAUUCUUGUGUAAGCGAUUAUAGAUGAUUUAAUUAAUCAAAUUAAGAUUUGUAAAAGCCGGAAGAAUCGUAAUUGAACAAAGUAUAUUUUGGUAACUUAAAAACACAAAAAAUUUUCACUAAAUGAAGCGUAAAGUCAAUUGAAAGUAGGAAAGCAGAGUUCCGACAUCGCGACGGCAAUGCGUCGGUGAUGCACCGGAAUCUUGAGCGUUCGAGAGGAUCGCCGUGUAGUGUCCACAGCCUCAAAGGCUCUCCUUGGACAAAGACGACAUAGGCAAUCUCUAGAUCUUCUCGCAAAGUCUAGAGAUCAAUGAAGUGAGUCGUUGAAUCGUCUUCGGCAGCUGUCACCCAGUGGAGUAGAAAAAUGGCAACUUUGCGGCUCUUCGGCGGUUGUCACCCGACAGAGAGGAGCUAGAUGAAGGUGAGGCGUGUGUCAGGGAGCUUCAUCCUCAGGUCUGCACAGCAAGAGGAGGCUCUUCAUCGCAUCUGGUAUGCUCUCAGGAGGUAGCAACUCGUCUUUUGGCAGAUCGUCCUCUUCCCGACAACAACUUGUUCGUUGAUCUAUCAGAGAUGAUUUACUAGAUGGAUUGCGAUCCUUUUAUCGCGAAUCGUUCAACAAUUUUAGUAGCAAUGCUCUAUGAAUCGCAUUAACGAGAUUUUUGCCGAUGAUCCAGCGAUUCUUGUUGCUUAAUCCUUCAUCGGUGAUUUGUAGGAAAGUCGCAAUAAUCAGAUAAAAAUAUAUGAAUUUUGACUUUGGAAGGAUUCGAACCCUCACUGGUCGCCCGCCUUUGAGGAAGGUGUGACGCGGGUUUAAUCCCACAUCAGUUGUGCGCCAACUUUUCGGGCGAAUAUAUAAUAAUGUUAACUUUAUAAGCAAAGCCACUACUCUCGCGUGUAUGACCACUCCUUGCCCCACAAUUGGCUGGCCACUGGUGACAUGGAAGGGGAGUGACACACACGUGCCCCUAUCAGUCCAAGCCAAGCCGCUCGAGCCCCUGCUCACAGUUACUCCCUGACUACACUUCCAACCUGCUUACGGGCCCGGCUGGCUGGCGGGUCCCCCCUUUUUACAAUAUUUUUAUUUUUUGUUCUUUAUUUAUCUCAAAAGUAAGACUGUAAAAAUUAUAUAAAAUCACAUAAUUACCCAAAAAUUCACAUUAAUCAACUGAAAACCACAAAUCAGACUUUAACACAAAUAUAAGUCUAUUUAUCAUGAGUUAAGGCUAAAACUAUAUUAUUUACUAAUUAUUAACUCAUGAUAAUGAAGACUUAUCACACCCCCCAACUUAAAUCAUUGCUAGUCCCUUAGCAAUGGAAUUACGAAAAUAAAAUUUUACAAAUCUCAAACAUCAUAUUUCAAAAAAAAAUGCAAUUAGAAAUGAUGCACCUUUAAACACUUUGGAUUCUUAUAUCAAGUAUUUAAGAAUGAUGUCAAGCACUUAAAUAUUUAAACACUCCUUGGAAUAACAAUCUAAGUCUUCACUUCUUCUAUUCACAUCUUUAUCACUUCUUCACUCAUAGAUGUAUUUACAAGAUGGUCCAAUUAUCAAUACUCAUCCAAGAAUAAUAUUGAUCCUACAUUUCCCUUUUUCUAUGACUUGAUUUUUGAAGUUUGCACUAUAUUUCUUCCUUCUUUUUUUUUAAUUUUUUAUAUAUAGUAGAUAAGUAGCUUUUCUUGUAGACAAAUUUUGAUAAUAAGAAUGAUGUCUCACAUCCUCCAUGUGUACUUUUCAUUUUCAGGGCUUUCACUUUAUCCACUUAUUUUUCAGCAAGUGUUUUUCUAUGCACGAUUUUCGACAAUGAGAAUGAUGUCUCACACCCUCCAUGUGUACUCUUCAUUUCUAGAUUUUUCACAUUGCUCUCUCUUUUUUUUUUCGAAAUAAGUAAUUUCUCCUCACAAGUCCUAUAGAUCAGAGUGUAGAAAUCUCCAUUAAACUCAAAUGAUCAAUCAAAUUUUCACAUCAAGUAAAUACUAUCCAUCAAGAUCAUGAAGUGAAAAUCUGUAAAAUCAAAUCCAUGUUAUCUAUCAUGUAUCCAAGGAGUAUUCUAACAUUUCAUGCAACUAGAUCAUUCUUUUGACUCAAUAAUAAUCUUCCUAGUAUCUUUUGGUAUCAAUCAAUCUAAUUGAUUUAAACUUUCAUGCAUGCAAUAUGAUGUAAGGAAUUUGUAAAUUAGAUAGUUCUGAUAGUUUCAUUUUCUAUUUUUAGUUCUAUUUUUAGCAAUAAUAAAUUUGUCAAAAAGAAAUCAAAACUAUCUUCUUUAUAGUUGUAAUUUCUAAUUUUAGUAACAUACAUCUAGGGGAUUGAAAUGUGAGAAAAGGGUCUUCUAGAAUUUUAAAUUUCAAGCUGUUUUUUGUUUGCUAUUUUUGAGAGUGUUGUCUCUAAUAGAAAACCAGAAAAUAGAUGUUGUAGUUUUUCCGAAUUUUAUUUUAUUUUUAUGUUUUUAGUUGCUGUUCUAAGUUGAAUAAAAUGUAAACACAUGUUCUUAAUCACCCCCCAACUUAAAAAUGACAUUGUCCUCAAUGACACAGAAAAAUUGAAAGAAAAUAUGCAGAAAAUAUAAUUUUCAAGUGAAGCAUGCAUAUCUGCAAAGUUAAGCAUUAAAAAUAUUUUCAUAAAUGAUGAAGCUCAGAAAGACAUCACUUCAACCUUGUUUUUAAUUUUCUACUUCAUCUUACACUCCUCCUCUUACACUUUUUCAAAAAAAAAAAUACAGAAACAAGUACUACAAAAUUCUAAGGAAAACGGAAUUUUAAAAAAAUCAAAAAAAAUGAAAUAAAAACUGUGGGUUGCCUUCCAUAUAGUGCUGAAUUUAAUGUCUCCAGCUGGACUCCUUGAUCUUACUCUUGAAUUUCUUUUAAUAAUAAAAUUUCUUUUUCUACAAGGCGUUCAUGUUCUAUGUAAUGUUUAAGCCACUGUCCAUUUACCUUAAAGUUAUGAUCACUUUUAAGAUCUCUAAUCAUUAUAGCCCCAUGAUCAUAUGUCUCUUCCACCACAUAAGGUCCUUUCCAUUUUUGAUUUUAAUUUCAGCCUAGAAUCAUAUAACCACACUUUUUGUCCAACAUUAAUUUUUUUUCUACUAAUGUAUUUAUCAUGAAAAGUUUUAGUUUUUUCUUUAUAUAUUCUAUGAUUUUCAUAAGCUUCAUUCCUCAACUCCUCUAGUUCAUGUAGUUGAAAAAUUCUAUGCCCACCAGCUGAUUUUUCAUCCAUACAUAAAUUUUUUAUAGCCCAUAAUGCUUUAUGCUCUAUUUCCACAGGAAGAUGACAUGGCUUUCCAAAAAUGAGACGAAAUGGGAACAUCCCUAUGGGAUUUUUAUAAGCUGUUCUAUAAGCCCAUAAUAUAUCUUGUAAUUUCGUGGGCCAAUCUUUCCUAUUUGGUCUAACUAUUUUUCUCAAAUUCUCUAAAUUUCCUUAUUUGCUACUUCAACUUGCCCAUUUGUUUGGGGAUGAUAUGGAGUGGCUACUCUAUGGUGUACUCCAUUCUUUUUCAAUAUUUCCCUAAAAUGUUUAUUUGUAAAAUGUGUUCCUCCAUCCCUAAUAAUCACUCUACGACAUCCAAAUCUUGAAAAAAUAUUUUCCCGCACAAAUUUCAUCACGAUUUUAUGAUCAUUAGUUCUAGUAAGAAUAGCUUCCACUCACUUUGAGACAUAAUCAAUAGCAAGCAAAAUAUAUUCAUAUUUUUCAGCUGAUGGGAAGGGACCCAUGAAAUCUAUUCCCCAUACAUCAAAAAUUUCGACUACUGACAUGUUACUCAUGGGCAUUUCAUCUUUUUACUCAUGUUACCUAUAGAUUGGCAUGAAAUACAUGUUCUACUAAAUUCUAUAAAAUCUCUAAUGAUUGUAGGCCAAUAAAAACCACACUGAAAAAUUUUUGCAGCUGUUUUUUGUGUCGAGAAAUGUCCUCCACAGUUAGAUGAAUGGCACAUAUUAAUAAUGCUAUGAUAUUCUUCUUCAGGAACACAUCUCCUUAAAAUUUGAUCAUUGUCCAAGUAAUAUAAAUCAGGAUCAUGCCAAAAAUAAUUUCUAAUCUUAGAAAAGAAAUGAUGUUUUCUGUUCUUAUCCCACUAUUCUGGAGUUUUUCCAGAAACUAGAAAAUUAACAAUAUGUGCAUACCAUGGUGAUGGUUGAUGUUGAGCUGCCAUCAAUUGUUCAUCUAGAAAUGCGUCUUGUACAGGUGCUGCAUUUAUUCCUAUAUCACUUAAUCUAGAAAGAUGGUCAGCAACAACAUUUUCGAAACCUUUUUUAUCUCUUAUUUCUAAGUCAAAUUCCUGUAACAAUAAAAUCUAUCUUAAUAAAUGUAGUUUUGCAUCUUUCUUAUUUAAUAGAUAUUUUAAUGCUGCAUGAUCAGUAUAAAUAAUAAUUUUAGCUCCCAAAAUAUAUGAUUUAAACCUUUCUAACAAAAAUACUACAGCUAACAACUCUUUUUCAGUCGUGGUAUAAUUUAAUUGAGCAUUGGAUAUAGUUUUACUAGCAUAUGAAAUUACUAUGGGUUUUGACUCUUUUGUUUGUCCUAGAACGGUCCCCACUGCAUAAUUCGAUGCAUCACACAUUAUUUCAAAUGGAAGGGACCAAUCAGGAGCUUGUAAAAUGGGUGCCUCAGUAAGUAAUCUUUUUAUUUCAGAAAAAGACUCAAAACAUUUCUCAUUAAAAUUAAAAGGCACAUCUUUAGAUAAUAGCAUGGUGAGAGGUUUAGAAAUUUUUGAAAAAUCUUGAAUAAAUUUUUGUAAUAACCUAUCAUGACCCAAGAAAGAUCUAAUCUGUUUUAUUGAACUUGGAGAUUUCAUUCUAGAUAUAAUAUCAAUUUUUGCUCUAUCCACCUCUAAACCCCUUUCACUCACAAUAUGACCCAACACAACUCCCUCUUUAACCAUAAAAUGUGAUUCUCCCAACUCAAAACUAUUUUUUUCUCUAUACAUUUCUCAAGUACAUGCUGUAAGUGAUUUAAGCAUUCAUCAAAUGAUUCACCAAAAAUAAAAAAAUUAUCCCUAAAAAUUUCCAUGUAUUUUCCAAUCAUAUCAGAAAAAAUCGACAACAUGCAUCUUUGAAAUGUGGCUGGAGCAUUAUACAGACCAAAAGGCAUUCGUUUAAAAGCAAAAGUACCAAAUGGACAACUGAAAGUUGUUUUUUCUUGAUCUAAAGGGUUUAUAUAAAUUUGAUUAUAACUAGAGUAUCCAUCCAGAAAAAAAAAAGUUUUUUCCAGCUAAUUUUUCUAAAAUUUGAUCAAUAAAUGGUAGGGGAAAAUGAUCUUUUCCAGUAACUGAAUUUAAUUUUCUAUAAUCCAUGCAAACCCUCCAACCAGUAGUUAAUCUUGUUUGUAUUUCAUCCCCAUUUUUGUUUUUUAUAACCGUGAUCCUUGAUUUUUUUGGCACUACUUGUGUAGGACUAACCCAUUUGCUAUCUGAAAUAGGAUAAAUAAUAUCAGCAGCCAGCCACUUUAAAUUUUUUUUUUUAAAAUUUCCAUCAUGUUAGGAUUUAAUCUUCAUUGUGGUUCCCUGCUAGUUCUAGCCCUCUCUUCUAGAUAUAUACUAUGCAUGCAUACACUCAUAUCAAUACCCCUUAGAUUGUCCAUUUUUCAGCCCAUAGCCUUCUUAUUUUUUCGAAGUACAUCUAAUAAUUCUUCUUCCUAUUCAUCACUCAAAUCAGCUGCAAUAAUAAUAGGAAAUAAAUUAUUUUCCUCCAAAAACAUAUAUUUUAAACUAGAGGGAAGAAGUUUCAACUCUAAAUUCAGAUGAUCUUCCUCUUUCUUUUCUCCCAAAUUUAUAUUCUCUAUUUCCUCUAAUUCUUCCAACACACAGUCAUCAAUAACAUCUGGAUCAUCAAAAUCAUCUAGAAGAUCUAUGGUAUGACAAUCAUAUACUUGUGAUUUCUUAAGAUCAUUUGUUACCUCAAAAAUUUUAAUUUCUACUAAUUGAUCUCUACAUGAAAUUUUCGUAAUACAUGUGGAAAAAUCAAUAUUCAUCUUUGCUGUAUGCAAAAAUGGUCUCCCUAGGAUGAUUGGUGUAUCAUAAAACUAUCCAUUAAAAUCCAUUUCCAACACUACAAAAUCAGCUGAAAAUUUACACCCUUUAACUAUUACUAUCACAUUUCUUAAAUAUCUUUAGGAUGUUUUAUGGAUCUAUCAGUAAAUUGUAAGGUAACAGUAGAAGGUUUAAGAUCAAAAAUAUUAAAUUUAUCACAAAUACUUGCAGGUAAUAAAUUAAUACUAGCACUGGUGUCAAGUAAUACAUUCUAAAAAAUGGAUCCACCAAUAUCACAUGAAAUUAAAGGGGCACUUAUAUCUCUCAAUUUAUAUAGUGAUUGAUUUAAUAAUAAUGCACUAGCAUGCAUAGAUAAUUUUUCUACUCUAGGUGCCCUUUUUGGUGUACACAUUUCUUUCAAAACUCUAGCAUAUUCAAGAAUAUGUUCAAUGGUAGUGAGUAAAGGAAGACUAAUUUGCACAUCUUGUAAAAUUUCCUUUAUUUCUUCAUUGUGUUCCUUUUUCUUUCUUUGUCUAGGCCCUAGAGCUUUAGGAAAUGGAAUGGUUGUCCUCUCUUUUGAAAUUUCCUUGGUAGAAUCCAUAAAAUCCUCUUCUACUCUUAUUUGAUUUUGUUUUCAGUUGUUCACGUUUUCUUUUUCUUCUAAUGUUUGGGGAUUAAGGAUCAGGUAAGAUCUUACCACUCCUUAAUGCAUUCACUGUCCUAACAUUUUAAUUUCGCGGGUUUUUUCCUAGAUUCAUGCUACUAGACUCCCCUUACUGAAAUCCUAUUGUUGGACAGUUCCCUGGAUUUUCUAUGGGUUGACUAGGUAGCUGUCCCUCUUCUCUCUUAUUCCCAAGGGCCUCUAUAAUUUGUUUCUAGUGCUGCAUCAUUUGAUUUAUAGUUUGUUGCAUCAUUUGAUUCAUUUGCUGCAUCAUUUCCAUAGUAUCAGGUUGGGUUUGAGAGGGCUGAUUUUUCUGAAAUCUAUUUUCUUGUUAGAUGAAAUUUAGAGUUUGAAUUGGGUCUAAGUGCUUUUGGAUUUUGAAUAUUAUUUGGGUCUCUCCAUGAAAAAUUAUUCCUCCAAUUAGGAUUAUAAGAAUUUGAAAAAAGUUCUGUGUUUCUAUUAAAACCGUGAGCUACUUGCACUUGUUCUUGCAUAGGGUGAAAUGAUUGAUCUAAAUUAUAACAUUGAAAUUUAGAAUAAUCAUUUUCACCAUAUAUAGGACAUAUACUAUUCGAAUUAAGUUGAGGGUUAAAAGGCUUUCUAAUAUUGUCAAUAAGUAAAUCAAUUUUUUUUAAUUUUUGAUUAAUCUGAUUAACCUCAUUUCUAAGUUUAGAAUCAUCAUCAUGAUGUAAUUCAUAAAUUCCUCUCUUCUUAUCCCUGUCAUAUAAUUCAAAAAAGGCUUAAUCUCUAGAAUUUUCACUUAAAUUCUCAUAAAGACUAUAAAUCUCAUUAGGAGUUUUCUCCAUAAAAGCUCCUCCACAUAUAGAAUCAACCAUAUUUCUAUGUUGUUCUAAUAAUCUAUCAUAAAAAUUUUUAUUGAGCUGCCACUUGAGUAUAGCAUGAUGAGGACACUUUCUAAGUAAAUCUUUAAAUUUUUCCCAUGUCUCAUGCAAAGUUUCUCCUAGUCUUUGAGAAAAACUCCAUAUAUGUUUUCUCAUAUUUUGAGUUUUUCCUAAGGGAUAAAUUUUUUGAAGAAACGCCUGUUCUAUAUCUUUCUAGCUAGUUAAUUCUCUAUCUAAUGUGGAUAGCCAAUAACUAGCUUUGUCCCUAAGUGUAUGAGGGAAUAAUUUCAUCUUAAUAAUUUCUGGUAUAACUUGAGGGAGAUUAAUUAAAUCACAGACCAUAUGAAAUUUUUCUGUGCUGAUAAGGUUCCUCUAAAGGCAAUCCAUGAAAAUUAGGGAGCAUUUGAAAAAUUCCUAGAUUUAUUUCGAAUUUAAUAGUAGGUGCUAAUUGGACUCUAAUAUUAGAUGAUCUUUGAAAUGAAUCGGGGAUAUAAUGAUUUUUCAUGGCCAUAGGAUUGUUCUCAGUUUGACCUGUACUUCCUUCAGGAUCCAUCAAAAUUAAUUUUUCUUUCGGAUUUUUAUUUUUGAAUGAAAUAAUAAAAGGAUUUUCUAGCCUUGGAUGCAAGGAUCUUCUACCAUGCAUAAAAUCAAUAAAUUUGAAGGAAAAAGUUAGUAACUAUUACCCUCCUUCAGGAUGCUUUAGUCCUUGCCUUGCUUCUUUUCGUUCCCUUUUUCUAAAAAAAUCGGCAAAAAGAAAAUAAAAUAAGAGUUAAUUUUAUUUUUUAUUUUUUUUGUGUACUCUAAGAGAAAAAUAGAAAAAUACUAAAUAUUAUGCAAUACAUCCCUAGCAAUGGUGCCAAAAUUUUACGUGACUUAGUCGUUGUAUAUUAAAUCACACAAAUAUAAAAUUUAUAAAACUAGAAAAAUAUAAAUUUUCAGAUAUUUAGAAGUAUUUAUAAAUAAAUAUAUCAAUUAUAAUUCAAUAAAACUUCCAAAAAUAGUGGCAAUUUUCCAGGUUGAUCAUAAGAAUGUAAUAUAAUAUUUGGUAAUUAUUCAGAAUUUUUCUCAAUGAAUACAAUUUUCUAUGAAUUUCACACUAGGAAAUAAAAAGGAAUUAUCUUUAAAAUUCACAAAAAAAAGGGAAAUAAGGGUGCGGAUGUCAGGAUGACGUCAGUGCCCUGUGGAUACGAAUUGGGCAGAAAUAGAGUUCUGCCCGAUGAUUCUUGCGUAAGUGAUUACAGAUGAUUUAAUUAAUCAAAUUAAGAUUUGUAAAAGCCGGAAGAAUCGUAAUUGAACAAAGUAUAUUUUGGUAACUAAAAAAUACAAAAAAUUAUCACUAAAUGAAGCAUAAAGUAAAUUGAAAGUAGGAAAAUAGAGUUCUAGCAUCGCGAUGGUGAUGCAUUAGCAAUGCACCGGAAUCUUGAGCAUUUGGGAGGAUCGUCGUGCAGUGUCCACGGCCUCAAAGGCUCUCGUUGGACAAAGACGACAUGGGCAAUCUCUAGAUCUUCUCGCGAAGUCUAGAGAUCAAUGAAGUGGGUCGUCAAAUCGUCUCCGACGGCUGUCACUCGGCGGAGUGGAAAACCAACGACUUUGCGGCUCUCUGGUGGUUGUCACCCGACAGAGAAGAGCUGGAUGGAGGUGGGGCACGUGUCAGGGAGCUUCAUCUUCAGGUCCGCGCAGCAAGAGGAGGCUCUUCAUCGCAUCUAGUACGCUCUCAGGAGGUGACGACUCUUCUACCGGUGGAUCGUCCUCUUCCCAACGACGGCUUGUUCGUCGAUCAAUCAGAGAUGAUUUACUUGAUGGAUUGUGAUCCUUUUAUCAUGAAUCGUUCAGCAAUUUUAGUAGCAAUGCUCCACAAAUCAUGUUGA